AUGGUUGUCGCUACUAUCAAGUGUGUCGUAGUGGGGGAUGGUGCUGUCGGAAAGACUUGUCUGCUCAUCUCAUACACAACGAACAAAUUCCCUUCCGAAUAUGUCCCCACCGUCUUUGACAACUACGCCGUGACUGUCAUGAUCGGCGAUGAACCAUACACCCUGGGGCUAUUCGAUACUGCAGGUCAAGAGGAUUACGACCGUCUGCGCCCGCUCUCGUACCCGCAGACCGAUGUCUUCUUGGUCUGCUUCUCCGUCACUUCACCCGCCUCGUUCGAAAACGUCCGUGAAAAGUGGUUCCCGGAAGUCCACCACCAUUGUCCCGGAGUUCCCUGUCUGAUCGUCGGCACUCAGACCGAUUUGCGCGACGAUGCGGGCGUGCGGGAUAAGCUGGCGCGGCAAAAGAUGCAACCCAUCCGCAAAGAGGACGGCGAUCGGAUGGCCAAGGAACUCGGGGCUGUGAAGUACGUCGAAUGUUCAGCUCUGACUCAGUACAAGCUGAAAGACGUAUUCGAUGAGGCCAUUGUUGCGGCGCUUGAGCCGGCGCCUAAGAAGAAGUCAAGAGGCUGCCGCUUGCUGUGA